AUGAAAAGUUCCGUAGAAUAUGCUAAAAAACUGAAUAUGAGAACAUGCAUUUUAACAUUCGAUCAACCUCUAUACAUGAAAGCACGGGAUAUUGCUUCUGCUGUGCAUUUAUCUGAUGAAGUAUUAGUUGUUGUGAGGCUAGGCUCUUUUCAUACUGUUAUAUCUUACAUGGGAUCUAUUGGUUAUAUUAUGGCUGAAAGUGGAAUAGAAGAAGCUCUUUCUACCAUAUAUGCUGAAAAUACAAUUGAUCACAUAGCACCUGGACAUGCGUAUGCUAGAGCUGUGCGUGCCCAUACUUUAUUACAGUUAAUUACAAUUAAUUUUUAA